GUUGCUUCAGUCCAGACUCGCACUCACACACACACAUUCACAAAAUGGGAGCCCCUUUCUCGCAUUAAGCGCAGCCUAACCCCGACCACUGAUGUGUGGAGUUGCUCGAUGUCAUCGCUUUACUGGGCGAGAGUUGCUGCACGGGUCGGUGCCGCACUGUGGAAGUAUGUGGACGUUUACCUAUGUGUGGGUGAAACUCUGCCAGUCAUAAAUAGACACAAAAGCGUUCCCACCACUGACGGGCCGUGUGGUUUUGUGAGUCAGUGGCUGUGAAGGAGUCUUGUCUACAACUCCCCAUGGCGUGAGUUUGAAUAGCUGGCUGCAAGUUGAUGGACUAUUAUUGGAGGAACGGAUUGGAAAACUGAUUGAAUAACAUGAGCUGGAGCUUCCUAACGAGGCUUCUGGAGGAAAUCCACAACCACUCCACGUUUGUGGGCAAGCUGUGGUUGACGGUGCUCAUCAUAUUCCGCAUUGUGCUGACCGUGGUGGGCGGGGAGUCCAUCUACUACGAUGAGCAGGCCAAGUUCGUCUGCAACACCAACCAGCCGGGCUGCGAGAACGUCUGCUACGACGCCUUUGCCCCGUUAUCCCACGUGAGGUUUUGGGUGUUCCAGAUAAUACUCAUCGUCACGCCAUCCAUUCUCUACCUGGGCUACGCCGUGCACAAGAUCACGGCGAAGGAGGACCCCGAGGGCGGAGCCCGAAAACCAAAGAAGCACCAGUACGCGGUGCAGUGGAAGCAGCAUCGAGGCCUGGAGGAGGCCGAGGAUGAUAACAUAGAGGAUCCCAUACUCUAUCCAGAAAUAGAGCUGCACAGCGAUCAGGGGAACAAAGAGCAGAAGAACCUGAACAAGCACGAUGGCCGGCGGCAGAUUAAACGGGAUGGCCUGAUGAAAAUUUACGUUCUGCAGUUGCUUGCAAGAACUUUAUUUGAGGUGUGUUUUCUUGUGGGCCAGUACAUCUUGUAUGGCUUUGAGGUAGAAGCAAGGUACGAGUGUGUCCGCGACCCUUGCCCUCACCGCGUGGACUGCUUUGUAUCCAGGCCAACUGAGAAGACUAUUUUUCUGCUGUUGAUGUACGGAGUAAGCUGCCUCUGUUUAGUCAUAGAUAUCUGGGAGAUGAUCCAUCUGGGAUUUGGGAUGAUAAGGGAUAUGCUUAAAAACAAACAAAACUCUCUAGCAGAGACUAGUUACAUUCAGCCUUAUACAUGGAACUCCCCUUCAGCCCCUCCUGGCUACAAUAUUGCAGUCAAACCGGAUCAGAUCCCGUACACUGACCUUUCUAAUGCUAAAAUAGCCUACAAGCAGAACAAAGAGAACAUCGCUCAAGAGCAGCACUACGGCAGCAAUGAUGAAAAUGUGCCAGUCAACUUGGAACGCGUGCAGCGGCAGCUGAAGAUGGCCCAGGAACAGUUGGACCUGGCGUUCCAGGCUUAUAACGAUCACAACCAUCCUCCAAACCCCACCAGAGAAAAGAAGAAGGUAGGGUCAAGCAAAAGUAGCCUGAGCAGCAAAUCUGGGGAUGCGAAGACCUCGGUGUGGAUUUGAUAGCAAUUUGUCCUUGCUCAGCCAGUUUCAGUUGGAUGUAGACUCAAAGAUGACUUUAUAGCAAUCGUUUUAACUCCUCGUUUUGUAUUUUAAAAGGAAGCCAUCGCAGUGUCAAAAUUUACAGUCUGCUACAGUAGUGUUUUGUUUCAAUUCCUUCAAUGGAGGACUAGAAUCUUUGGAAGAUUCAGUUUUGUUUUAAGUCUUUUGUUCAGUGCGCCAACAUCUAUUGCAAGAUAGAAUUUGAUAAUCUUUGAUUACGUUCCAUCCAGCUACAAAAUUGCCAAAUUGGUUAUGAGUAUUUCAGAAUCGGACCAUUGAUCUCAUCAGCCAUGUUGUAAAUAUUAAACGAGUGCCUUUUCUUUUGUAUAAAGAGGGAAGCAGUGCACAAGAAUCUGUGCAAACACAGCCAUAAUCUGCACUGCAGAGUCUGUUAAUCAAUGUUUAUCUGAGGGUUUGGGAGUAGUUUUGUGCAAAUGUCAAACACAAACACCUUCUUGCCCACAGUAAGUUGCUUCUAGGCAUUUUCCUCAUGCUUACUUCCAUACAAUCUUUUUAAUGAGGGUUGUUUAUCAGUAUUAGAUUGUGACUUCACAUAGGACGCAUUGCACUGCGUUUUGAGAAUGGCGGCUGCUUCUUAAGAUCAUUGACAUUUAGGACAUAUAAUUAAAUUUGAAUGUGAUUUAUAUUAGAUCUUCCUUGGGUUAGGGUUGGUGCAGCAUCUCUAUUGAUCUUUGAUAGUUUACUGUGUAACCUAUUAUAGAAAUGUCUUUCUUGUUAAGGUAUUAUAAAUAACGGCAUGCCAUCAGUAGGAAGACUCUAUCUCACUGACCAUAAUUUGGAAUGGUGGACCUAUUUAUUACAUGACAGCGGGCAGCAUUAAUAAUAAGGACACUAAACAAUCAACAUAGAGAAUCUUAAGCAAGAAACAAAUUGCUGGAGGAACUCAAUGGAUCAAGCAGCAUCUGUGGGAGUAAAGGGAUAGUUGAUGAUUUGGGACUGACCUUGUAUGAAGGUCUCCCUUUGAUACCUGAUCAUGCGGCGUGGUGGCACAGUGGAAGGGUUGCUGCCUUACAUCGUCAGAGAACCUGGUUCGAUCCUGACUACGGGUGCUUGUUUGUACGGGUUUUGUACAUUCUCUCCGUGACCUACGUGGGUUUUCUCUGGGACCUCCAGUUUCCUCCUACACUACAAAGACAUACAGGUUUGGAGGUUAAUUGGCUUGGUAAAAUUGUAAAGUGUCCUCAGAGUGUCAGCGUGCAGGGACUCCUGUUCGGGGCGGACUUGGUGGGCCGAAGGGCCUGUUUCCGCGCUCUAUCUCCAAACUAAACCUCAGAUGCUGCUUGACCUGUUGAGUUCCACCAGCACUUUGUUUUUUGUUCCAGAUUCCAGAAUCGUCAGGCCCUUGGGUCUUCAUACAACAUCUCAUUAUCAAUUGGGAUCAGAUUUUAAAUUUGCAUUAAGCAAGGACACUUAGUAACAAAUCAAAGCAGUUCUGAAUUUGCAGGAUUGAUCAGUGAUGCUAAAUAAUCAUUACAGGCGCAUUCAGUUUCCAUCUCAAAAUACUUUUGAGUUGCAUCUGGAAUAAUGGUUGUGGAUUUGAGACAUACAACAAUUAUUAUUAUAGUGGCGUUGUACAACAGAAAAAUAGGAACUACAACAUGUGCCACAACUUUUAAGUUGCUGUUAAACAUUCCACUUGUGACAUUAUUUAUUGUACACACAAAGCUAAUCACAAUUUAACUAGGAGGAUUCCUAGGAGAAUAUUUCUAACUCUUGCCUUUUCCUUUCUUAAAGUUGCCAUGUAGUGAGCUUGCUCUACUUGCUAGAGUUGCAAUAUGUCCCAACAUAGCUUAUUUUGACCGUCUUAUUUUUUUUUUGAUUUAGAAUUAUUCGUCCAUUGUUCAAUUAAAUGGCUGGAAAAAAGCUUGUAACAUGUAUUCAUAAAGGACAAAGCUCUUAAUGCCAAUUUUUCUAUACUUUUUAAACAUAUGUUUACAUUUGUUGUUCAUUAUCGCUUGUGAAAAAACUUGCCAGCUUUGGAAUAAGUUUAAAAUGCGGCGGUCCAUGUAAGAUUCAAAUGUAAUGGCCCACAAAAGGUUUAAAUGCAAUUCAUUGUAUAAGGGAUGGACUCCCUUUAUCAAAUCUUCUGCGCAUCUCCUUGCGUUUUGAUAGCCCAUCUUUUUACAGGGAACAACUGCCAUUUUAAAAUUCACCAUCUUUAAAUAUUGUGUCGAAAACCUAAUAGUUUUGACUUCCAAGGCACCAAAUGUACUUUCUUGUAUUUUUAUACCAGAACAAGUUGUACGUUCUGUUCACUUGGUGGGAUGCAGUCUGUUACAAAUAACACAGUCCUUCAGUGGACUGGGAUGAUUUAAGGGAAAGAACUGCAAAAGCAUUGGUAAGAAACUUUGCAGUUUAUUGUAGCUUUGUAUUUAAACAGAAAAUUCCCCAAACAUCUUUGUCCAAACCAAAUGAGCUCUUGUUAGAUUUAGGGGAUCGUUUACUGCAGUUUCUUCCCUUUUAUAGAUGAAAAGAUCUAUUUUGGUUGAAUGUGGUACAAUGAUUUAUUGUUAUAGGCGAUUCUUCAAGACCCAUACACCUUCCUGUUUGGGGAAUUAAAGUGAAACAGAGGAGGAACUAUUUUUCAAAGCUUUGAAGUAUGUACAUUUCUACAAUAGCUUUUGUAUAUAGCUACACUUCGAUGAAGGUUAAAGAGUGCCAAAUGGGAAGAAAGGUGCUUCAGCUGGUCACUUAUUGAACAAUUAUUUUAAAGAGUGUGGAACAAAAAAAUAGGUGCCUUUUUGUUUUCUAGUUAUUUACUGAAAUGUACUUGAUGCUACAUUCCAAUCUCUUAAAAGGCAUAUUUUGUUUUGGACUUAAGUUGCGCGCGUGUGUGUGUAAUGGCUUCAAAUUAUGUCCUGCAGUUGUGUGAGGACAUAUACUGUACCUUGUCAUUACAUCAUCUAUGCAACUUAUCCUAGUUUUAUACAAUUCCGAUGGAUGUUUUUUGUCACAAAUAAGUCCACACAUUUGAAAAGAUUUUGUAUUAAAAGUUUUUUUUUUGCAUGUU